UUUACUGAAUUCCAUAUGCCCAUUUGAUAUAAAUGGUGGGUACGAUCAGUAGGGAGGCAAAGAUGUUUAGAAUUUCGUUGAUUCUCGUCAUGGCCGUGUCCGGAAACCGAGCCACGGAUUACGUUCUGGAACUAGAGGAGCUAUAUUCGGAAUGUACCGACGGCCCAGUUGGAUCGGUACCCCUUGACGUAGCCUUUAACGUUGACAAUUUUCGGUCUGUUAUAGAUUCCGACGGCGUUCACGUUUCGGGAAAUGUGACAACCGUUUGGGGUUUCGAGCGCAGCGAUCGCCUUGCAGGCAAGAUAAAUGUUUUUCGCUAUAAUCGCGGUACAUGGGAACCAACAUUAUUCAACAUAGCCACACAAAACGUUUGCAGUGCGAUUUUUGAUAAGAAGUCCUACUGGUACAAAUGGUGGUUCCAAUACAUUGUAAACCAGGAGGAGAUACAAGAGAAGUGCAUCAUAACGAAGGAUUUCUGGUGCACAAUCCAUUUGUUGUUAAGCUGGGCUUAGACAAUAUUUCCGGUCCGCCUGUUCAAGGACGAUACAAGUCGGUGAUCAUAUGGGAGGUAUUCGACAAAAAUAAUGUACGGAGACCGUUGUCAACGUGCUACGAGGUUAGAGGUCGUGUUGAGAGAAAAUGAAUUAUAAUUCAUUUAUACUCCUUUGGUGAAGAAUGUAUCUGGUAUAACAUCCAUAUACAUUUUCGUGGGCUUGGCACAAUUUUUUUUUUUUUUUUUGUAUUGCACGUAAUGUUUGUGUGGAUUGGCCGGAAUCGGUCCUUUGUUGUAUAGAUCUGUAAUCUAAAUGUUCGGUCUAAAUCGGUGAUUUGUGUGCAAUUGCCUAAAAUAAGUUAUUAGAAUUAUUAAAACCUGCUUAUAUCGUAUAACGACGUUGUUUUGAUAGAGUUAAGAAUCUUUUAGGGUGUAUGUAGUAAAUCAUAAUUCAAUAUUUCUUGUCAGACAACAAUGUUUAUAUUUUGCUGGACUUUGUCAUUGCCUUGAACUCGAGACGCAGACUACAUAUCCUACAUAUCCUUAAACAGAUAUAUUCGCUCGCACAGGCCACCUAGAUCGAUUAUACCUGGGCCAUUUGUUGACUGAUUUCGUUUCGAAGGAUUUUACGGGUUCAGGAUAUGAAUAACAAGUGAUCAGUACUUGGCCCAUCUUUAUAAAAAAUAUUAUACAGAAAACGGUUGACCUUAU